AUGGAUACAAACGAAAAUCAGACAUUAAAUUUUGAAACAAUAACAAGAUUUUUUGGAAAGAAACGGUUAAUGUGGAUUAUUGUGGGUAUUGUAGCUGUUGUAGUAGUUGCAGCCGUUGUUAUUCCAGCAGCUAUCAUUCUAACACAUAAGAAAACUACAAUAACAGAAGUAGGAUCAACAACAACAAUAACAGAAGUAAGAUCAACAACAACAACAAUAUCUACAGAAACAUCAACAGCAAUCUCACCAGAAACAUCAGCAACAGUAUCAACAGAAACAUCAACAGUUCAGCCUUUUUAUAAAAAUUGGGUUCAAACAAAUAGUAUGAACGAUCCACGAAACGCUCAUACAGCAUCAGUGUUACAAAACGGAAAAUUAUUAGUUACUGGUGGUUUUGGACUGAAAAGUGCGGAAUUAUACGAUCCAUCAGCAGCAGCAUGGACACUUAUCAACCCUAUGAAUGAUGAACGAUAUUGGCACUCAGCAUCUGUAUUACUUGAUGGCAAAGUGUUAGUUGCAGGUGGAUGUCAUAAUGUUAAUCAAUACCUGAGAAGUUCAGAAUUAUACGAUCCAGUAACUGAAAUAUGGGCAAAAACGGGUAGUAUGAAUAGUGAAAGAUGUCAGCAUACUGAAUCUGUAUUAUCCGAUGGAAUGGUAUUAGCUGCUGGUGGAUACGACAAUAGUGGUGAGCUGAAUAGUGCUGAGUUAUAUGAUCCAUCGACUGAAACAUGGACACCUAUUACUAAUAUGAAAUAUGCACGAAAAUGGCACCAGGCAUCUGUAUUAGAUAAUGGAAAAAUAUUAGUAACUGGUGGUUUAACUGAUAGUGCUGAAUUAUACGAUCCAGCGACAAAAUCAUGGACAACUACUGGCACUAUGAAUUACGAACGAGCCUGGCAUACAGCAUCCGUCUUAAAGAAUGGAAAGGUAUUAGUUGCUGGUGGGGCCUCACGUAAUAUUCGUAGUGCGGAGUUGUAUGAUUCAGAAACAGGAAAUUGGACAAUUACCGGAUCUUUAAAUAGUGGAAGACAUGUGCAUGCAGCAUCUGUUUUAAUCAAUGGACAUGUAUUAGUGUCCGGUGGAACCAAUCGAUACACCACUUUCUAUUUUAGUAGUUCAGAGAUCUAUGAUCCAUUAACAGAGAUAUGGUCUAUAAGUGGUGAUAUGAACUGCCAGAGAUACCGACAUCAGUCAUCUAUUUUAGCGAAUAGAACAGUAUUAGUUACUGGUGCAGAAGAGCGAGGAUCAUCUACAUGCAAUGCAGAACUAUAUUAA